AGGAGCUGCGGCCAGAGGGACUGCACCGCUGCUGAGGGGCUUGUUCGGGACACCAGCGUCAGGAGAGGUCAGCCAGAGACGACAGGUGUUAAGGGAGGUGAAGCCGGCGGAGAAUCCCGGGACUCGACAGAACAGGCUGACGGUGGACGGAGACGACCACCAUGGCGGGGUUCGCGGAUCUUAGCCCGGAGAGUCCCGUGUUCCGGGUGUACCUGUUCUGGUCGGCGCUGCUCGUCGUCAAGAUGAUGACGAUGGCCUUCCUCACCGGACGACAGCGCAUGCGCAAGAACGUUUUUGCCAACGCGGAGGAUGCCAAGAAGCGGGACGGCAAGGUGAUCUUCGACGACCCGGACGUGGAGCGCGUGCGCCGCGCCCACCUCAACGACCUGGAGAACAUCCUGCCGUUCCUGGUCCUGUGCCCGAUCUACCUGGCCACCGGGCCGGCCGUCUGGGUGGCCACCAACGUCAUCCGCACGUUCGCCAUCGCCCGGAUCGCCCAUACCGUGCUCUACCUGAAUGAGGUGCCUGGUGUCCGAGGGCUGGCGUUCAUAGUCGGGGUGGCUGCUACUCUAUUCAUGGCGGGCAGCACCAUCAUGUACGCCUGCUGAGGCCUUGGCGGCGUCACCUGCGCCCCUCCCCCUCCCCUCCCCCUCCCUCUCCCCUCACCAGCGGCCGCACAGGUCGUGACCUCUGCCCUGAUCGCGGUUCAUUCGAUCUCUGCGCGGCUGGGUAGAUCCUUCGACGAGGGUGUCCUGUGUACUGCAGGACGGCAUGGGCAGCAGUGCGACCGCAGAAAUGUAUGACAGGUGUUUCCUGCGGGAUUGCUGUUCUUCAGCGUGCGAACGACGUGGAUGUGGUGGUACUCUGUGCUAAACAAUGACUAGUUUCGUCAUGCAUGAGGUCCGCGUUAAACGGACUUGACUCGUUGCCCCCUGAGAGCGGCCGACUUGAGCACCCCGCAUGUAAUACAUGUUCUGGGUUA